AUGCCGUGGCCAGUGCCUCCCGGUAGGUCUGUGUCGGGAUACUCAGGGGCAGGCUGUGGGCAGAGCAGACCGGCCCUGUGCUGUCCAAGCCCAUGGCCCGGCAGACCCCUGCUGAAAGGCCGGCCUUCACCUGAAGCUGCGUCUACUGCGGCUGGGGAGGGUGAGAGGCAGAGUAAGGACCUCUUUCUCCGAUCACCUCUUCGUUCUAGGCUGGCCUCGGAGCUGCAGGCCCUGAAGCAGAAAUGGGCCACAGUCCAGAGCCGCCUGAAGGCCAGCACUGUGGAGUCUGUUCAGCCCAGCCAGCAGGCUGCAUCUGGCUUGGCCCUGGCCAACCCACAGGCCCAGAAGCUCCUGACACAGAUGACCCGGCUGGAUGGAGACCUGGGACAGAUAGAGAGGCAGGUGCUGGCCUGGGCACGGGCCCAGCUGAGCCGCACCACGCCCCUGGAGGACCUGGAGGGCCACAUCCACAGCCACGAGAGCCCAGACUGUGAACUUGCACUCCCUGGAGGAAUGGCUGAUUCCAAGUGUGGGGAAAAUGUAAAAGAUAAGCAGAGAACAGCAGUUUCCUUAUUUUGCUCUCUCGUCCAACACCAGACAACGUGCUCGUCAAAAGGACUCAGAACCCAAUAUGAAGACGCACCCAGCAUUCAACGAAGGGAAAAAAUGAGCAUCAAUAAAAAUAACGGCCAGGUGCGGUGGCUCACGCCUAUAAUCCCAACACUUUGGGAGGCAGAGGCAGGUGGAUUGCUUUUGAGCUCAGGAUUUGAAGACCAGCCUGGUGAACAUGGCAAAACCCUGUCUCUACCAGAAACACAAAAAUUAGCUGGGCGUGGUGGUGUACCUGUGGUCCCAGCUACUCAAGAGGGUGAGGUGGGAGGAUUGCUGGAGGCCGGGAAGUCAAGGCUGCAGUGGGCAGAGAUUAUACCACUGCACUACAGCUUGGGUGACAGAGUAAGACCCUGCCUCAAAACAAUAAAUGAAUAAAUAAAAAUAAAAAUAACUGCAAUCAAAUGAAACACAAAUAUGUUAAAACGUGUAAGUUCAUAAUAUACUAAAAAAGAAAAAACACACACACAAAGUUCAUUGGUCAAUUUUGGAAGAUGCUAGGGAACUAAUUCAUUAUUUUGAAAACUAGGAAAGAAUCAAACAUACAUCCUGCCUUUCCUGUAUGAACUAUACCUUGUGUAACUAACUGUUCAAAGAGUUUCUCUUUAUGAAAGAAUUCCAGCUAACAAAGAAAGAAGAAAUAACAGAAUAAAACCAUUUCACAAACACCUGAUGAAAUUAUAAAAGUAGGCCAGAGUUUCUCAACCUCAGGGCUACUGACAUUUUAGGCCUAUUAAUACUUUGCUGUAGGGGGCUGUGCUGUGCUGACUCUUACCCCUGAAGGUACCUAUAGCAUUCCCUCCCCCAAGUUGUGACAAUCAGUGUGUCUCCAGACAUUGCCAAAUUACCCUGGUAGUGAAAUGCUGACACAGGCAAUGAUCAGUGACCACUAACAUCACUAAACACACACACACACACAACUACACAUUAUGCCUCCUGAUCAAAGCAUAUGCAAUACCGAGAGUUUAAUCUGAAUCAAAUCAACCACCUAAAUUUAACUACCAGUUUUUGGAAAUUCAGGGAACAGAUGAACAUGGGCAAUGACACCUAUGGGGAUAAUAUCAGCAAAAUCAAAAUUUGAGAAUUCUACAGGACAAAUGACCCAGUUUCUUCAAUAAAUCAUUAGGGGAAUCUAUAAAUGAAAAGAGACUUAAGAGACAUAGUAAUCAAACUAUAUACAGACCUUGAUUAGAUCCUUACAAACAGGAGAAAAAAAAAAGAAUGGAACAACAACAAAAAAAAAACUAGGGGGGGCAACACAGGGAGACCUCAUCUCUAGAAAAAUUCAAAAAAUUAGCUGGGUGUGGUGAUGCACCCCUGUGGUCCCAGCUAUAUGGGAGGAUCCCUUGAGCCUGGGAGGUUGAGGCUGCCAUGAGCCACUAUCAUGCCACUGCACUCCAGCCUGGGCAACACAGAAAGACCCUAUCUCAAAAAAAAAAAAACUGGGGAAACUCAACUUCUUAGGUGUGAUGGUGGGAUGGCAGUUAUGUUUAAACAAGAUGACCUAAUCAUUUUUAAGCUGUGCAGUAGGUGUAUGACAGUCAUCCUCCUUACAAUUGUUUGUUGUUUUUUAAAGUGGGUCACAUUAUGCUCCAUGACCAAAAAAUAAUCACUAUCAUCCUCCUCCUCCUCCUCCACCUACAUCCCAAGGAAUGGAAAAAGAAACUGUUUUCUCAGAUUCUGAAGUGGGAGAAAGACAAUAACUAACACACUAACUCAUUUACUUAUAAACAUAUUGUUAUGGAUUGAAUCGUGUGCCUUACCCACCCCCCAAAAAAUUUCAUAUGUUGAAACUCUAACCUCUAGU